ACAUUUGGCGAGUCAAUAUGGCGUCCACAUCACAGAUGAGAGUCCGCGAGUCCUCGCGGUUGUCCUAGCGAGAUCAUACCGUUCAUACCGCGGAAUCAUACACGGCGUCGUACACGGCAUACCCACGGGCACCCGAACGCCGAACUUCUCCAUCCGCACAGGGAUUCGACGCGAACGUUCCCGACGACACACUGCCCUCAUCCCCCCGAUCUCGGCGCGCAACGAGUAGCGUGUUCGGAUUUCGGAUAGUGCGCGAGCAUUUCUCUUCCGCGUGCGGAAUUAUAUUAUUAUAUAAUCGUUAUUUAAAAUCCUGUUAUCCGAGCGACGCUCGCCUCCGCUGGACGUUCGACUCCCGUAGGAAAGCGCUCGAUCGCGCGAGAGGAAAGCGACUACCCGUUGCCCGUUGAACAGUUAAUUCUAACGUGGAAAAAUUUCACGUGAUAUUAUUUCCAUGUAUGGGACUGUGAAUACCCGGAUGGCUGGUGCUCUCUAGGAAGUUGACAGAAACACAGGGUUUUAGAGAUUAUACUGCACGGAUGACAGCAGAAACGUAAGAUGUUCGAGUCUCCGAGAAGUCUCCAGGAGGUUUGCAUCGACUUUAUCUGCGGUAAUGUUCUCGGCCUGUGCAAGGUUCAUCCUAGUGAUACGAAUUCUCCCAAUACUCCGAGUAGUAUUGCCGUAUCCGUUUUAGAUGAACAAGAUAACUGUACGCUGAACAGUAAUAGCGCAGAAGUUGCUUUUGAUACUACAACAGGUCGAGCAUCGUCUAACGAUGCUCCCCCGAGCUCAGCAACUCGGCUUACCUUUAAACAUCCGGAUGCCUUCUUACCGGCCGAACUGUCAGAGCAAUUAUUGUCCAACUUAUGUGAGAAGAAAACGUUAUCCGAUUUAACGAUUACACUUUUUGACUCAAAGACCACUAGAUUAAGACAUGUACGGUUGAAAGAUGCGUCAACAUUAUCAGCUAAAGGCUUAAGCGUUCUUAAGCAACAUAAAGUUAUAGAUUUAAUAGUAAAUGGUCUGAAGAUCACUGUUAAUGAUUUAAUUAGCUGUUUAAGCGAUUGGAGUAUACAAAAUCUUAGGUCGCUAAGUGUAGCUAAAGGAAGCUUUAUGGAUUUUUCAAGACAACGCAUGGUAGAUAUCGCAACAUUAAACAAAUUAAAGGCACUUCAUACCUUGAAUGUCUCAGGAACAGAAUUUAACAAACACGGCUUGGACAUAGUAGUCGAAGAUCUUCCCCUCUUAGAGAGCUUAGAUAUAUCUUGUACAAGAGUCGACGAUGUAACACCGUUGAAAAAAUGUAAAGAUCGUUUAAAGACAUUAAAUAUGUAUAAUUUAAAGAUAAGUGGAUGUGGAAAUUUAAUACCAGUAUUGCUGGAGCUAAACCAAUUAAGGCAUUUAGAUAUUUCCGAUGAAAAAGAUCCGCAUGGCUUUGAAGUUUUUGCACCUGCUAAGCCACAAAUAACGGACUUUCUAAGAACUCUGAAUUGUAUGCCUCACUUAACAACUCUAGAUUUAUCAGGUAAAGACGAUAUACAUCCGAAAGAUUUAAAAAAUUUUAUUGCAUCACACGUAAAUUUGAGGUUUCUGGGACUGGUACAUUCUGAUGCUUGUUACGAUGAAAGUUUUAUAGAUUCAUCACGUGAAGAUUAUAAAUCUGAACUUGUUAUCAGUGGUACAGCAACAGAAUCUCAAAUUCUGGAAGCCCUUAAGAGGUAUACAUAUAGACCGGUAUAUCUUCAAAAAUGUUUAUUUAAUUUGUUCCGUUUGACACCAAACUUUCUUGAGCCACGAGUCGAUGUGAUAAAAUUAGUAUUACCUGGAAUGAGAGAGCAUCCACAGGAGUUUCGUGUACAAAUGGCAGCAACUGCGUGUAUCUACAAUCUGACAAAGGGUGAAAUGGCUCUCAUGAUUCAUCCGUCAAUACUUAAACAAAUAGUUGAAUUAACAUUAUUAGCGAUGGAAACAUAUCCAACUAAUCAUCAACUUCAAAAGAACACAUUAUUGACCCUGUGUAGCGAUAGAAUCCUACAAGAUGUUGCAUUUGACAAAUAUAGAUGCGCAAGAUUAGUUAUGAAUUGCUUAUCCACGUUUGAUGACGCAUCCAUGAAUCGUAUGUCUGUGGCUAUUUGCUCAAUAUUAGCAGCAAAGAUAUCGACAUUAGAAACAUCUAUGCUUGGUGCACAGCCGCAAUACAUGUUGAAAUUGCUUGCAAUGGUUAGAUCUAAGGUCGAGUCCAAAUUAGUAGAUAUUACAAUGAAAUUUACAUUAAGCGCUCUAUGGAAUUUGACGGACGAGAGCGCUGCUACAUGCAAAGUUUUUCUUGACGAAGGUGGAAUGGAGUUAUUUCUUGAAGUGUUGGAUAGCUUUCAAGGAGAAUCUAGUGUGGAAACUAAAGUUCUCGGUUUGUUAAACAAUAUAGCAGAGGUCGAUCAUUUAAGACCACGGCUUAUGCAACCUCGGUUUAUAAAAAUGCUUUCUAGGUUGCUUAAUUCCGAGCACAUUGAUGUAUCUUAUUUCGCAGCUGGUAUAGCUGCGCAUCUACUUAGUGAUGGUCCUCGAUCUUGGAGUAGUAUGCCAUCACAACCGAGCAGGAAGCAGUUAUUAGACAAACUGGUCCGUGCCGUAACUCAUUGGCAAACACCACAGGGAGAGAUGGUUGCCUAUCGCAGCUUCCAACCAUUUUUCCCAUUGUUACGUUGUACAGAAGCAUAUCCUGUUCAACUCUGGGCAGUAUGGGCAAUUCAUCAUGUGUGCACAAAGAACCCAAAACGCUAUUGUGUAAUGUUGAUCAGAGAAGGAGGAGUAGAAACUUUAAAACAAUUGGAAAAAAUGCAUACAGAAUAUACAACACAACCGAAUUUGCAAAGUUUAUGUCAAUCAAUUUUGGAAACGCUUGAAUUAAACUCUUAACGAUAACUGUUGCUUUUCAAUUUGAAAGUUAAAUGCCACAUGGUAUACUAGUCAAUGUUUAUCUUAGUGCAAUCCUAUAUCCUGUUCUUUAGACCAAAUAAAUAUAAAAAUUACAUGGCCAUGAAUAAUUAUAUCACAAAGACAGACUGCAAUUAACAAAAUACAUAACACAAAUUAUAAAUCCAAAAUAUUUUAAUUGCAAUUGAAUUGAUAUUGUGGCUGAAUGAUUGAAGAUCUGAAUUGAGAAAUACGUAUAUCUCUGUAUUACAGAGCAUGUUAUAUAUAGAAUUAAUUUUGAAAGUUAUUCAAAUUAUUUAGUAAUAGUUGUAUGAAAUAAACUAAUAAGUAAAGAAAA